AACUGGAUUGACCACGACAAGGUCGCCGCCUUGAACGAGGCAACCUCUCUGGGACUGGAGGGUCAACUCCAGCUCCGAUUCAACCCCGAGCUGUUCGUUUCUGGAGGCUGUGAUCCCUACCCGGCCGUUGACGCCUUCGGAAGUCUUGGAGCUGGUUUGAGACCUACUGGCGGCGGACGAAGCGGAUGCGGCAACGGAGGAACCGGACAGGUUUACGUCCGCCGUGGAAGCAGUCAAGGCCGCACCGCCAUCAUGUACUCAUACUACUUCCCCAAGGUCCGCUGGGCCAAGGGUAACGACAACGGCCACACUCACUAUUGGGCCAGCAUCGUCGUCUGGGUUAACCGCUGGGGCUGCGAGGGCGACACGGACGUAUCGGCCGUCUUCCCCGUUGGCGUGUCGUUCACCAGGGACCACACGGUAUGGGAUACUGCACAGACUGGCGACAUCUCCUACUUAGAGUCGACGCACCCCAAGAUGCAGAUUCACGACAACGCCAUGUCGCCGUUCACUGGCGCCGAUGGUGAUAAGGUCUUCGAGCGUACUCUCGUGGCUUGGGAUGCCCUUCCCGACGCAGCUGAGCGCGCGCUGUCUCUUGUUGAGUACGAGAAGACCCAGGUGCCGUUCAUUGACGCCAACUUCCAGACCUAUCUUGAUGCUGCGUAUAAGGAGAGCUUCUACGGCGCCUUGACUGAUCAGCAGGGCUGC